AUGGGAAAGCUCAAUAUGCCUGCAGACGUCUUUUUUGACGCUGGUGUUGCUGCAUGUCAGUUAGGGGGUGUAACAUUGCAUAGUUUCGCUGGUAUUGGAGUAGGAAGAGGUACUCCAGAGCAAUCACUAGCCCAAGCAUUGUCAAAGGAUAUCGUUGUGAAGCAGUGGAAGUUAUGUACUCAUCUUAUUAUCGAUGAAAUAUCUAUGAUUGAUGCUGACUAUUUUACUAAUAUAGAAUAUGUUGCAAGGCACAUCCGAGAUGAAGAAAGACCUUUCGGCGGUAUUCAACUUAUCAUAACGGGCGAUUUCCUUCAGCUGCCUCCGGUGUGUGGCAGAAAUGGCGAUACGAAAUUUUGUUUUGAGUGUGUUGCAUGGAAGCGUGCUAUUCAGAAAACUAUCUUGUUAGAAGAUGUACGUCGUCAAGACGAUAUCCGUUUCGUCAACGUUCUGCAGGAGAUUCGGUGCGGAGUUGAUUCCUGCGCAGCUUUGAUAGAAACGCAAAAGAACAGUUUCUCAUCAUUCGGCAUAGUUCCAACUCGGCUUUGCACACAUAGUGCGGACGCUGUAGCAGUCAACAACCGUUGUCUGGAAGAGCUUCAAGAAUCAUGUAAAAUAUUCGAAGCUGAAGAUAGUCAAUUCAUUUGUGACUCGAUACAGUGUAUGGUUCCCAAGAAACUGACGCUGAAAAUAUCGGCUCAGGUGAUGCUCACUAAAAACAUUGAUCUUAUGCGUGGUCUUUCGAAUGGCUCUAGAGGUGUUGUAACAAAGUUUUCCAAAUCAGGAUAUCCUGUGGUCAAGUUUUUCUCGGCUCAAGAAGAAGUGGAGGUGUUACCUAUACGGUUUAUGGUGCGUAUACCGGGAUGUGAAGAACCAGCUUGUAGGCGGCAGCUACCUCUGCAGCUUGCUUGGGCUAUUUCUAUCCACAAGUCGCAGGGAUUAACUCUUGACGCCGUUGAAGUCAGUUUAGAGAGGUAGAG